AUGACAGCUUGCUGCUUUUGUGAUGAGAAUCUGGGGACUUUGCUGGAGGGCGAGUCUGCCGUUGAUCUCACAUGUGGUGAUUCUGCUCACUGGCAAUGCUACCUCGCCAUGCUAACCCCGCAUGACCUCUCAGACGAUGGUACCAUAGCGAGUGUUGAAUGUCUCCAGUGUCACUCGCAGACUAAGUGCAAGCCUGCGAGUCGUGAUGAUGUUGCCAGAGAGUUGUUGCUUGGUCAAGUACCCUUGGCCCGAUUCAAAACUCCAGAUAACCCUCCGCAGUCUCGAAACCAGGAGUUCAGCGACCCAAGGUCAAUCUCUUCAGCAAAUACAUCGCCUAUGGUUCAUUCAAGUCUACCGCUGCUGGAUUUAUCAUUGAAGUCCCCACCUAUUCCGCAGACUGCAUUUCCGCAAACAGCAGGUACACCCGAGAGUCCCAUUCUCCAGGAUUCGCUAAUCCCCAAAGUCCUUUUCGUUCCCUCCAAGCGCAAAAUACAAGUCGAUUCGGUAAGUCCAGUGGAGUUGGACUGCACACUCACAGUCCUGGGUCCUCGGUACGAGAGGUUUAAUAUUCCCGAAUGCGGGAUCGGUGAAAUUCUUGAGAGUUUCGUGAACAAUCUCCGGUUUCGAGUUCAAGACUGGAGGGGGGUAGACGUUGAUGACCUCGGCUCUUUAAUUAUAGCCGAUCGGUUGAAAAUUGGUAUCGAUCGAAGCUCUUUUGAAUUCGUGGAUGUUUACCUCUUCGAGAAGUGCAUACUACUAAUUGGCGAGGCGCAAAUUGAUGAGGAAGAAGGUUACUAUGACGAAGAUGAAGAUGAUGACGAAAGUUACGAAGAUGAUGCCGCUCUUGAAGUUGUUGGUUCCAUCGAGACCGCGUUACUUUCUGGAUGUUCUCACACGCAGAUCUAUGAACUCACAGUGCAUUUGAGCUCGGUGAGGCUUCCAGAACUUAUCAUUCAAACAGACUCUUCUUUGAUUCUCAAGAGAUGGAGUCGGUGUCUCAACCGAACUAUCAAAGGAAUAGCUACAGAUAUGGGUCCAGAUCAGGUGACCUCAAAUUUGUGGUCGUCCUGUAGUAUUCCACGUCUCAGAAAUCCUUCUGGAACUGAAGCCUCCCAUGUAGACUCAGGCCCAGUGGUCGAAGCGAAGGUGAGUUUGGUGGUGGUCGUUGACCCGGCUUUGGCUUCUAGCAGAGAGUGUCUCAACAUUUCCAUAAGCUCACUGAAGCAUGGUGAUAUGCUUGGAAUCGUUUUUGUGAACAGGACCGUGAACACUUUUUACGGAAUGGCACCUUCCGAUUGGGAAGGUUGGCGUGAUGUGGUGGCCAAUUGCGGCUCCAAUUAUAUCAGGGAAACAAAAGAUGGCUUUGAGAACAAUUUUGAUACUAAUCUGGAAAGCUGCGCUUAUCCGGAUAUUGUCAAAAACCUUGAAAGACUUGCAGCUUCAAGUUUUGCUGUGGAAGACCUUCUGUGUUACCGCCACGGUUUCCGCCAGGUAUUAUUCAUGACAGACAAAGAACUUCCAGUAAUUCCUGGCCUUGAGCAAUUAGCUGAAAAGUAUAAUCUCACCUUCACAAACUGUUAUCUCAAACGCAACGAGCUGACCAAACAGAGCAUCAGUUUCGGCGGAGCAUCGGGACAGCGUUUAUUGUGGAACCUCAUCGUCCACAGACACAUUUCCGGGGAUAUCGGCGAGUCUAUACAUUUACUUAUAUCUCACAUGCACAAAGGGACUGUCAGUGAGAUGCGGUGUCGCUUAACUGCUGGGGUCGGGGUUGAGUUGGUGAGCAUGGAUGGUUAUGUCCCAGAGUACGGACGCUCCAAAGCGCUUGAAGUGCACGCCAACAACCUCUGGGACAAAUUCGAACAAAGUUUUAAUGCCAGGCUACGUAUAAACGUGGAUCAAGUUGAUUUGAGUGAGGGCCAGGGGGCUGUGCCCCUAGUUGAGUUCGUCACUCGGUGGUGCGAAGACGAGUUUGACGAUUACAUGAGCACCACAACCAGGGUCAGUGUCAGACUAGUCACACGAUCCAAGGACAUUCCGGUGCCAUUGUAG